UUUUCUCAACUGGCUCUCAGGCUUCUCAUCACGGAAAGGUUCUGCCAACCCCUCUGCUUUAACUCCUGCACGGAGAGGUUCGCCGCUGCGGGAUGGCCGGCUGCGGUGGGGCUGGAGGGAGGGAGCCCGUCCAUUGGGCUCUGCAGGCGGCCACCCCUCCAGGAGGGAAGAAGUGGCCCACCGCCUCCACCCUCCAUAGGGCCUGUCCCUGAUUGGCGCCUCCCCCACUGAGCCCCCCUCCCUCCUGCAGCCGUAGAGGAAAGGCCACGUCUGAAUGCUGCUCAUUGUACGCGGAGUCGGCGCCGCAGCUUCACCUUCCUACCGCCUCCGGACUAGCCGCGACCUUUUCAGUCGGCCGCCGGCAGAUACUGAGCUUUUCUCAUCAUUGUGGAUCCAUGACACAGUAAUCUGGGAUUCUCUAUACAAUUCAUUUAUCCACCCCAAUCUGUAAUUUGUAAAACCGCUAAAGCAUAAUUCCAUCAAACCAAUGCUUUAAAAGUGGCGAUCACCUUCUCUCCAUCAUUCCAGUCAUACUCAGCUUCACUCAGAAUGCUCAGGCUCCGCCUUUCCAAUACAACAGUUGCAAUUAUCUUGGCAAUCCAGACAGGAUUUCUAAUCUUUCUAUAUACUCAACAAGAUGGCUUCAUUCCUCAGUCUAUGGAAAAACCUGCCCAGGUACACAUCCUCAUCCUUUCCUCUUGGAGGUCAGGCUCUUCCUUUGUGGGGCAACUCUUCAGUCAGCAUCCCAAUGUCUUCUAUCUAAUGGAGCCAGCCUGGCAUGUGUGGGCAAGCAUGUACCAAAACAGUGCCAAGGUCUUGCACAUGGCAGUGCGGGAUCUCAUCCGGUCUGUCUUCAAGUGUGACAUGUCAGUGUUCGACGCCUACAUGCCCUGGAAGAGAAACAGAAAUUUGUCUGAUCUGUUCCAGUGGGCCGUGAGCCGGGCAUUAUGCACAAGGCCUGCUUGUGAAUUCUUCCAACGGACUGAUAUUACUGGGGAAAGCGCUUGCAAAACUCUCUGUGGCAAGUAUCCUUUCAGUAAAGUGGAAGAGGCCUGCAAGACCUAUAGCCAUGUUGUCCUAAAGGAAGUCCGUUUCUUUGACCUCAAAGUCCUCUAUCCACUCCUCGCUGAUCCCUCCCUGAACCUCAAAAUCAUCCAUCUGGUCCGUGACCCCAGGGCUGUCCUGAAAUCUCGGGAGCAAUCUGUCAAAGCCCUCGCCCGUGACAAUGGAAUAAUUCUGGGCAUAAAUAGCAGCAGAGUGGAUGACAGUGGUUUUAAAGUCCUGCAGGAGAUUUGUAGAAGUCACGUUCAGAUCUAUGAAACAGCUAGUCAGAAGCCUCCGUUAUUUUUAAAGGAUCGUUAUUUAUUGAUCCGAUUUGAAGACAUUGUGCGGGAUCCUUUAAUGGAAAUUACUGCAAUGUACACAUUUACAGAUCUUCCAUUGACCCAGAAGCUUGAAAAUUGGAUCUAUAAUAUUACACACGGACAAGGACCGAGUAAGAAGAAAGAAGCUUUCCAGAUCACUUCUCGAGACGCACUCAAUGUUUCCCAGGCAUGGAGAAAUGUUCUUUCAUUCCAGAAAGUCCAAAAAGUGCAAGAAGUUUGUAGAGGUGCUUUAAAUAUACUUGGUUAUCAAUUUGUAAAUUCUGAGAAAGAGCAGAAAGAUUUGUCUUUAGAUCUAAUAUUACCACAUCGGAGAACCCAAUUUCGCUGGGCAUUGUUUCGUGAAAACUAAAUCAAAUAUUCCCUUGUUCAUUUAUCAAAUAACUUGAAAAGAUUUGUUGGUUUCAGUACAUCUGAGUUCUCUUAGAAGUUCAUUUUAUCAAACCAAGGAACUGUAUCUUUUUUGCUUUUUCAAAUUAAUAAUGCAUAACUUCCAGACUAUUUUUCACCUGCACCUGGUUAUAAUUUUGAUAUGCUACCAAACGCCUUCUUGCUUUUUGUUUUUCUAAGCUCUUUUUCAUAUGCAGGACAGCAAUAUUACCGAUAAAGAAUCACACUUGGUUGGAGAACUUGUCGCUCUGAAAUAUUAAUGCACUCAAACUUCUAGGUGCCCCAGAGAACAACGGGAAUAGAAAUCCAGUGAUCGGAAGGAUUUAUUUCAUUACAUAUUUUUACAAACUAUCUCCUUUAUUUGUGUACCCUAACAUGCCACAGCUCUAAAAUUGUCUCUGCAUUUAUUAUACUAUUUUUUUAAAAUAUGGGCAUCCCUGAUUAUCUGUAAUAACAAGGAUUAGUCCCUAAUGAAAAUUAAAUAGAAAAUGUAAUUUUGUUGCCGUAUAGUUGGAAAUCAAUAUUUCUGAAUCAAUAUUCUUGGGCAUAUUUUUAUCAUGUGGAAAGUAGCAUUAUCCCACACUGGGCAGAUGAAUAUUACAAAUGCAUGCAGUUUAUUUAUGUUACAUGCUGGCAUAACAAAUGAGGUUAACACCACAGAUCAUAUUUGAAACAUUUGCAUGUUUAGGUUCUCACAUUAUCUAUGUAGAUACCCCAGUAAUCUCUUUAUACUACCUCUAUUCUAGGCUUUGCUGGUAAGGAGCCGGGAAUAAAAAAUAAUUUAGAUUGGAUCAGGAAGAGGAGGAGCGGGAUGGGGAGGGGGAGGGGGAGGGGGAGGGGAGGGGAGGAGUGGCAAAUAUGGAGUUGGCAGGUGGGAAAGUCUUAAAAAGCAUCCAGGAUGUUCACGGGAAGAGAAAGGGGUUGAAAGCGGAAAUGAUGGUCAGCAGCUAAAAUUACCAACAUGCACUUAAUUCUAACGGCUGUUGAAGAUGGACAAUUGAUUUUAAUUCAGAGAAAAGGUAGCUGAUCUUGCUUGAACAAAGGGGGCUGUUUCUAUUGAAGGCUCGUUACUUCUUAAAUGAUUAUAAGUAACUGAAAAAAUUAUCGUAAAGGUUAGUAUUAAAUUUAAAUCUCACUAAACAUUAAAUGUUAUAAUUCAGUUAAUGCCAAUCAAAAUCACAUUAAUUUCCAUUUGUUCCAUCAUCGAGGCAGUUUACAUUGGUAUAAAAAGGAUAGAAAAUUCUAAGCUAAGGGAUCACUGCAAUUCAUAUCAAUCUUAAACGUCGGAAUAAAUUACAAACGAAAAGCUAGGCAGAAGCAAAGUUUUAGCACCUGGGAAGUAACCCUAACCCUAACCCUUUUUCUGAAGAUUGCCUUUCUCCCUUUGGGACAAAGCAAGAGAGAAAACCACCGCCCGCAAUCUCCUUAUCAGAAAACCCGGCUCCCAGCAAUGGCGGAAUUUCCCAAAGGGCUAGUCUCACUGUGCAAGUUCACAGCUGGACAAGGGGGCGGGGGUAAAAAUUGACCAAUAGUCACGAAGCCAUUGACGGUUCCGAAGGACAUCACUGGGAUCUUUAGUUUUGCCCAGAAGGCAGUUGGUGAUGCUUACUAAAGCGUGGGCAUGAAAUGUAAGAGUUGAGGUUUAUCUGCUUAAAAAUUGCGAUCGUAGUAAAGUUAACACCUCUUGCCGAUUUUGAUUUUUAAUUGUAGAAAUUCAGCUCAUCGGGUUUUUAAACAGUCGGUAAACAAGAAUUUGUCUUUUCAGCAACUACGCAAAAGAAAACAGAUACCAAAAGUCCUUACACCUUUCAAGAUAAAUGCAAACCUAACUGGGAGAGAGUAGCAUAAUCAAGAAAUUUAUCACUCAUGGAAUGUUAUUCCA